AUGCCCGCCAACUCGUAUUGCAUGCUAAUACUGGGUAUCAUGGUGAUUGCCUCGAUUGGAUUCCUUGCCAGUUUUGCCACCUCCUGGAGUUUGGUCGAUGUACAGUACGCCUUUACUCCUGCUGUGGCGUGGAUCAUGGUGGGAGGGAUAACUUCUACGAGUGCCAUUAUAAAAAUCAAACUACCGUUGGAUGCGCAUCAAGGCAACGUCUUGUUGUAUCUCAGUCCCAACAAUGACGAAUUUUCCAUACAGUCACGACAAGAGUACAAUUUGGGAGAUACUAUUAGCACAAGUAGUGAACUGGAAUCACAAUACGGUCUACAAACACUCCAACUCACCGAGUUGUUACCACAAACCAAAUACUACUACAAAAUACAAGGGGACAUGAUAUUGGACGAAUACGAAGAAUUGCUCGUCGGCACAUUCGCCACACCCGCCAAAGAAGGCACACGCUUCAACUUUACCAUUGCCGCAUCGGCAUGUGCAUGGACGGGAUCCCGGGCAGCCGUCUUUUCCGAAAUUCAAAAAGACAAUCCUCUCUUAUUUUUGCACAUGGGAGAUUUCCAUUAUGCCGAUAUACACGAAAACAAUCUGCAAAAACGAAUCGAUGCCAUUAGUCAAGUACUGGCAUCCGAUACACAGUCCGAUCUCUACAAGAGUACCGCCAUUUCCUACAUGUGGGAUGAUCAUGAUUUCUUGGGGAGUAGUAGCAAGAACAGUGACAAUAGUGACGAUGGGGUAGAGGAGGAAUAUGAGGAGGGAGCAUGGGAAACGGCACUUCUUUCGUAUCAAAUGGCAUUUCCCCAUUAUCCAUUGCCUUCCUUGUCGUUCAAGUUGAAGAGUGAUGGUGAUGAUCAAACAGUUGAUACAACAACAACCAAUACAACUGCUGCUGUUCUUGGGAACCAAACAACUGCGACUGCUGAGACAGCCGACAACCAGCUCUUGCCAGUACCCGUCUAUCAAGCCUACACCAUUGGGACGGUACGAUUCAUCAUUUCCGAUCUACAGAGUGAAUCCAAAUCCAACAGCAACAACAAUCAAUCCAGUAGUAUCUUUAGUGACACACAGUCCCAGUGGUUGCGACAAGAACUCAGCCAGGCACAUCUCUAUGACUUUGUCAUUUGGGUCACACCAAAACCAUGGAUUGGACCUGCAACACCGGGGGAAGAUCAGUGGUAUGGGUAUCCCAAAGAAAGGGCAGAAUUAUCCACAUUUAUCACGGAAACACUGGGAAUGGACAAUGGACCGCAAAACUUGUUGGCCAUUGCGGGAGAUGCACACAUGGUAGCAUUUGAUGAUGGGACCAAUACAUACUAUGGUAGCAACAGCAACAACAACCGCAAUGGUACAACAACAACAACAGCUCGGUCCUUUCCCAUUUUGCAAACGGCAUCAUUGGACCGGGUGGGUGGGAUCUUGGGGGGACCCUUUACAGAUGAUUGCUAUGGCUAUACAUCCCAAAGAACACAUCAGUUUAGUGUUUUACGAUUCGAAUUUGCCGAGGGCGACAACAACAACAAAUGCAUUCUCAUUGAUACGUACAGCAAUGAUCAAUAUGGUAAACAAGAACGAAAGUUGCUCUUUUCAAAACGACUGUGCAACAAAAUAUUUGUUGAUGCUGUCGUGGGGGACGAGGCAAAAGUUGGUGUGUGCGAAUUGGAUGAACUCUGGGAACUCAAUGACAAUAUUGCAGUUGCCGCCAGUGCCAUCCUCUUUGCCACCAUGGUCUUGAACUGUAUCGCACUCAACAAGUCGGAUGCUGACAACUUGGGGGAUUGUCUCUGCAAAUCAUGUGGGACCACCAUAUUCUAUCUUGUCAGUUAUGUGUUAACGGGCCUGGUCGGAUUUGGCACCUUUUUUGCACGAGGUGUGGACCAGGCGGAUGUGACCCCAGUGCUGAUUGCUGUUCUGUGUCAAUCCAUCAUGUGGUUCUUUUAUCUCUUCAUUUGGUGGGCAUGUUGUACCCAGAGCAAACGACGCAAGUUGGGACAAGAUGAUCCAGGGUUUCGGGAUGUGGAACCCAAUAUCAACAUUAACAUUUCGGAUCUGGAGUCAACCCUCAUGCAUGACGCCAAUGCCGACCAAAAUAGGGGACAUACUACGUGCGGCCAAAACCAGACUGAAAGCUCGAACAACAACAACAACAAUAGCAACAGGGCUCCAGGGACAAUUCAAUUCAAUGGUCCGCCCGAGGCAUUGUAG